AUGGCCCCGACCAAGAAGGGCCACCCGGCGUCGGGCGGCGGUGACCAGGACGCCGCUGAUGCGGCUGUUACUGCGGCGGCGGCUGCCGCUGGGGACAGGAGGGUCCCCGAUUCGAGCUUGCAGGGCACCGGCCCGGCAGCAGGUGCUAUUCGUGCACCUGCCAGGGACGCUCCAGCUGCGCUCGCGCCUGCUGAGGUGCGGGUAAUCGAGCUCACCGGAGAGGUCAACGAGGAUGCUCCGGAGGAGGUUGCCUCCGCCGGAGCCCUUCAACAUCCUGCUCCCGCGCCUGCCGGGGUCGCGACUGCUGCCGCCGGUGACGCCACGCAGGCGGCGCCACCUGCGGCAAGUGACAUGGGGCAGCCUUUGCCAGCCGAGACGGUUGCGGCGGGGUCCUCCUCCUCCGCCGGAGCCGCCUUCAGCCUGGGAGCAAGGGAGCUCGCCGGGCGGUCCUGGGGUCGGAUCACUUUCGACCCCAGCGUGUUCCAACAAGGGCACCAGGUGAUCGACAACAUCCAGCAGCAAUAG